AGCUGCUCUUGAGCCUGUAUCUCUCUUCUCUCUUCUGCUCAGUACACAGUGUGCUCCCAAAGUGCCUCAUGUGUGCGAGUUAUAAAAGUCAGUGUACCACUGUAACUAUAACUGAGUGUGAACCAGGCUUAGUGUGUUCUUCUCUGCGAUAUAGUGUCAUUGUGUCAGAGUUGGGUGUGAGUUCUGCCGCAGUUGCACGAAUAUGCCUUGAACAAGACCUGUGUUCUCUGCUAAGUCCAGUGGCUUCAGGCAUAACUUACUCAGCUAACUUUGGAGUGGCAUCCGUCUUUGGUUUUGUCUCCUGCUGUGAUAACGAUCUUUGCAAUAGCAAAAUCAUCCCUGAAGUCGACAACACCCCGAAUGGACUGAUAUGUCCCACCUGCAAUAGUGUAAAAGACCCAACCUGCAACUCUACAGUGUUCUGUGUGGGAAACCAAGAUAGAUGUGCAAACGGCACCCUUCCAAAUAUGCAAAUUUUUGGCCCAGCAGUAAACAUGCCUGUGAUGGGAUGUGUCUCCAAAAGUGUUUGUGAAGCUACCAGUAUCACAACUUUCACUUGCACUUCAGCCAGAUUAUCUAAUAGGAGUGAAGCCUGCAUCAGACUGGACCUCAGCCUUUUAAUCCUGGCCGUGACUGCUACCUUACUACUUCAAUAGAGACUCUCUCUCUCCCUCUACUUAUGUACACAUAUGUUAAUAGCAAAAUAUUUAAGCACAUAUUAAUGCCUCAUGUCUCUCUGUCUCACUCAACACAAUAUUUGUAUGUAAUAUGUAUGGAUUUGAAUCUUGACUGUUGUAUUGUUUGUCGGUAUAAGAAGUGUAUAGUGAUCAAAAUCAGACUGUUAUUUCAAUUAAACUCUCCUGCAAAGUGAAAACUUUAAAAAUGUGAAAAAAUGUUUAGAUACUACUUUUCCUCAGUGGCAGCACUUAAAGUAGGACAUAGAUAAAUAUGUAGCAAUUACAAGUAAUAUGACAUACUUUAGAAAAAGUAAUUACAAGUUAUUUUUACAUACUUACUUGCAA